AUGGCAGGUCUGGGCGUGCUGGGGGUCAAGCUACAGGCUUCCCCCCUGACCCUGUACGACACGCCUCGCGUGAGCGUGCUGCACGCGUCGUUCCUGGAGCACCUGCUGCGGCUGGCGCACGAGCGCUACAGCCUGCUCUCCCAGUGGCCCGACUUCAGCAGCGCUCUGGCCAAGGACGUCUACUACAGGGCCCACCCCGAGGACCUGCGCAAGCUCUACUCGCUGGUGGACGAGUGGCACACCAUGUUUGACGCCGUCACGGAGUUCGACUCGCUCAGCAACCUGGCCUCUCAGCUGGUGCCGGGCUACCGCAAGCGCCACAUGAACGUGCUGGGCCCCGCUGUUGGCCCCACCACUGCCAACGGCGUUGUCACUGCUUUCCUGCUGGGCCAGCAGUGA